AAUCAUAUCUUAUUUACAACAGUCCGAUUUGCACCUUCGCAAUCAUUGAUCAGGCAAAGCGACUGCGAAUGGUUACGUAUUAGUCAAGGCCAACAGAAGGGUGUCCGUAGCUCAGACAGUGACACCAAGAUCCAAUUGGUGCUAUUAGUACGCCGUCAAUGGUACUAGUGAAAGUAAUCGAACUAAAUCCCGAACGAACUGCUGGUCGAUUGUCCGAUCUGCCGGUAUAAAGUAUCCACAAACGACGACGUACGGAACGAUUGGAUCGUGUUGUGCUGAAGCUGCCUCAGAGAUUGUUCGAUAUUCUUAACGCAGAACAUUUUGGACAAUCAAUCUUAAUUCAAUCAACACACGUCACAACGUCGUCAAUUGGCACAAAUUACAUAAUAACAUCACAAUUCGCAUCCAUCUGCUGCGUGCGAUUGAUAACGGUUUGCUCUUGAACGGGUCGGACUAUAUCGGGUUACCACAAUGGCAGCUGCGUUAGGACGUAAAUUAAUCGACAGCUUGAAGAGCAAAGAGUUCCGGGAGUAUUUGAUGAGUACACACUUCUGGGGACCGGUCGCCAACUGGGGAAUUCCGAUCGCUGCGAUUGCCGAUUUCAAGAAGGACCCGAAAAUUAUCUCAGGCACUAUGACCACCGCCCUUUGCUUGUACUCGAUGAUCUUUAUGCGUUUUGCCUGGAAGGUGCAGCCACGGAAUAUGCUGCUGUUCGGAUGCCACAUUACCAACUUUACUGCGCAAUCGGUGCAGGGCGCCCGCUGCAUUCAGUACAACAUGUCAAACAAAGAGAAAGCUAAGUAGGAUGCCUUCCCCCCUUCCUGUUCGUGUUUUUGUUGGGAUAGUGGAAUUUUCUCGAAUGCAAGUAACAUACUAGAGGUAGAUUGAUUGUUGGUUUGGUGUAAGCAUAAAACACAUUUGGAAAAAUAGAAUAUGCUAAACUUUUAGAUUUGAGUGUCUCGCAAAGCUAAUCAAAAUGCGGUGCUCUCAUUUAAAGUCAUUUUUUGUUGUGUGGUUUCAUAUAGUAUAAAUAACUAAAAAUUGAGUUUGAUAGGAAAUGCAGUGACAAUGAAACUAAAAUUAAAUCAAAAAUAAGGUAGUUGAAAGCACGUUCUUAUCGGCAAAUAGAAAAAAAACAGUCAAAUUUUACAAGCACUUUUUGCAUUCGUAAAAGACAGUUCAGCACUUAGACUUUCAUGAGAUUACAAAUAGUUCGAUUCAAAUACCUCGAUGAUUAUGUUCAAGCCAACAUUACGAAAGGCCACUUAAAACUGCUCGAACAGAUUCAUAAUAUGUCAGCUGAUAACGCAAUAACUAGCUUCAGUUUAAUAGAGCACCAAACAUCGUCAUAAUACUUACUUGGUACAAUGAAACAUUCAACUUUAAACCAGAUCUUCGACCAACAAAAGCAUCACUCGAAGCAGUUGGUAUACAUAUUUUGGAGGAUUAUUUUACACACGAAAUAUAGACUAUUUAUGUAUACAAUACGAAUAAACGAUAAGUGUUAUGAAAAA